AUGGCCUCCCGCCUCGCCGUCUCCGUCUCCGUCGCCGCGCCCGCGUCGUCGCCUUCCCCGGCCGCCAUCGUCGCCCCGCCGCGCCUCGCGCUCCGCCGAGGCCUCCCGCCGCCGACGUGCCGCGCGCUCCGCACCGCCCUCCCCCCGCGAUCCCGUGGCGCGGCCGUCGUGUGCCAGGCCCAGGGCGGCCAGGACACCGCCAUCCAAGUUCCUGAUGUGAGCAAAUCCACAUGGCAAUCACUUGUGGUGGAGAGCGAGCUUCCUGUCCUCAUUCAGUUCUGGGCCUCAUGGUGCGGACCGUGUAAGAUGAUAGACCCCAUCGUUGGCAAGCUCUCAAAGGAGUACGAAGGAAAGCUGAAAUGUUACAAGCUAAACACUGACGAGAACCCCGACAUCGCGACCCAAUUGGGCAUCCGGAGCAUCCCCACCAUGAUGAUAUUCAAGAACGGUGAGAAGAAGGACGCGGUGAUUGGAGCCGUGCCAGAGAGCACCCUGGUCACCUGCAUCGACAAGUAUGUUGGUGGGAGGUGA